AUGGAAGCGAACAAGAGAGAGCAAAUUGUGGAUGUUGGAUCAGUGGUUGAAGCUGUUUCUGCUGAGGCCGGUGAUGCACCUCUUUACGCCAUCGAAAGCCUCUGCAUGCGCUGUCAUCAAAAUGGAACUACAAGAUUUUUAUUUACUUCAAUUCCUAAUUUCAGGAAGAUUUUAUUGUCCGCUUUUGAAUGUCCUCACUGUGGUGAGAGGAACAAUGAAGUGCAGUUUGCUGGUGAAAUUCAACCACGUGGUUGUUGUUACUCGCUAGAGAUCCCAGCAGGUGAACAAAAGAUGUUCAACCGGCAAGUGGUAAAAUCAGAAUCUGCUACCAUUAAGAUACCUGAACUCGAGUUUGAGAUUCCACCAGAGGCACAGCGUGGUAGUCUGUCAACGGUUGAAGGGAUACUAAUGCGAGCUGCUGAUGAACUUCAGGCCCUUCAAGAGGAACGCAGAAAAGUUGCUCCAGAGACCGCUGAUGCAAUAGAUCAGUUCCUGGUGAAGUUGCGAGCCUGUGCCACAGCAGAAUCUUCCUUCACGUUUAUUAUUGAUGAUCCUGCUGGAAACAGUUACAUCGAAAAUCCGUUUGCACCAUCAUCUGAUCCAUCACUCACUAUCAAGUUUUAUGAGCGAACACCUGAGCAACAAGCAUUGUUGGGAUAUUCUACACAGAAUGAAGGAACUCGUGAUGAAGUGCUGGAAAGUGAAGAAGCAGCGGCUUCUGGGAGAACGAGAAGGCAACCCCAUGGGUCAGUUGGGGCAGCAGCUGGUCAACGAGCUAUUGCACAAAGUAAUAGUGCAGAAAUCGCAGAUGCCUUAUUUCGAUAUAGUGCACCAGAAGAGGUGAUGACUUUCCCGUCAACUUGUGGAACUUGUACUGCUAAGUGUGAAACUCGAAUGUUUGUCACUAAUAUUCCAUAUUUUCAAGAAGUAAUCGUUAUGGCAUCUACAUGUGAUGCUUGCGGUUACCGCAAUUCUGAGUUAAAACCAGGUGGACGAAUUCCUGAAAAAGGAAAAAAAAUUACUCUUCAUGUGAAAAAUAUUAAGGACCUGAGCCGGGAUGUGAUUAAGUCUGAUACUGCAAGUGUACAAGUCCCUGAACUUGACUUGGAGCUGGCAAGCGGCACCAUGGGAGGACUUGUUACAACUGUUGAAGGUUUAAUUACACAAAUCAGUGAGAGCCUUAAAAAUGUCCACGGGUUUAGUCUUGGAGAUAGUCUUGAUGAACAUAAAAGAAGCAAGUGGCUAGACUUUCAAGCAAGGCUAAACAAGCUUCUUAGCUUGGAAGAAGCUUGGACUCUAAUUCUUGAUGAUGCAUUGGCAAAUUCUUUUGUUGCACCCGCAACAGAUGAUCUAAAAGACGACCAUCAAUUAACAUUUGAAGAGUAUGAGAGGUCAUGGGAACAAAAUGAAGAACUAGGUCUGAAUGAUAUUGACACCUCUUCUGCGGAUGCUGCAUACGAAUCAACAAACACUACUAAGAUUGACUGA